AUGUCAAAGUUCUCGAGGGCCCGCCCGGGCCUCCUGCGGCGGCUGGUGCUGCCCACCAGCAUCGCCGUGGUCGGAGGCGGCACCCUCUUCUACAUGUACCGCCCGCGCAACAUCCCUGGAUACGAGGGCCCCGCCGUGCCGCCGCCCAUCUACGGUGCCGACGGGACCUUCAAGCUGCCGCGGUUCCCGCGAAUCAAGCCGCGCGACGAGCAGAUUGACGACCUGCGAAAGAGCAGCUCCGCCGUCGCCGGCCAGGGGGAGGAAUAUGACGUCCUUGUGAUAGGAGCGGGGGCAACCGGCACUGGAGUCGCCCUCGACGCUGCCACUCGUGGACUGAAGGUCGCCGUAGUCGAGCGCGACGACUUCAGCUGCGGCACUAGCAGUAAGAGCACCAAGCUGGUGCACGGCGGAGUGCGGUAUCUCGAGAAGGCUGUUUGGAACCUGGACUAUGCCCAGUACGAGCUUGUCAAGGAGGCGCUCAAGGAACGCAAGUAUUUCCUGCAGACGGCGCCGCACCUGAGCAUGUGGCUGCCCAUUAUGCUGCCGCUGGACCAGUGGUGGAAGGUCCCUUACUACUGGGCCGGCACAAAAUUCUACGACUUUCUUGCCGGGAGCGAAGGCAUCGAGAGCUCCUACUUCUUGACCAAGAGCAAGGCCAUUGAUGCCUUUCCCAUGCUGAAGCGGACCGGCUUGGUCGGCGCACUCAUCUACUACGACGGGGCGCACAAUGAUUCUCGCAUGAACGUGUCUAUCGGCCUGACCGCAGCAUUGUACGGCGCAACGGUUGUGAACCACAUGGAGGUUACUGGUCUCUUAAAGAAUUCCGAGGGCAGGCUCUGCGGUGCCAAGGUCAAGGAUCUCAUACGCGAGAGGAAUGGAGAGGCGGCAGAGGACUUCGAGAUCAAGGCAAAAUGCAUCAUCAACUGCACAGGGCCCUUCACAGACGGUAUCCGCAAGUUGGACGACCCUGGCUGCAAGGAGAUUGUUGCGCCGGCAUCCGGCGUCCACGUCAUUCUACCGGGAUACUACAGCCCCGGCAAGAUGGGCCUGAUCGACCCGAAAACGUCGGACGGGAGAGUCAUUUUCUUCCUCCCAUGGCAAGGCAACACCAUUGCUGGCACCACGGACGAACCAGCUGAGAUUUCCAAGAACCCCCUCCCGGACGAGAAGUCCAUCCAGUGGAUCCUGAAAGAGAUCAGUCACUACUUGUCCCCGGACAUCAAUGUCCGUCGGGGUGACGUCCUAGCUGCCUGGUCUGGUCUCCGCCCUCUCGUCAAGGACCCCAAGGCGAAAAAUACCGAGUCCCUUGUCCGCAACCAUCUCAUCGACAUCUCCGACUCUGGCCUCGUUACCUGCGCCGGCGGCAAGUGGACAACUUACCGCCAGAUGGCCGAGGAAUGUGUCGAUGCCGCCGUGAAGGAGUUCGGCCUGAGCGUCCGACCCGUCACCGACGCGCCACGCGUCAGCGGGACCGAGGCCAUCGAUGACGGCGCAAGCCUCGACGGCUCAUGCCAGACGCACCGAGUGAGGCUGAUCGGCGCGCACGGCUUCAGCAGGACCUUGUUCAUCCACCUCAUCCAGCACUUUGGCGUCGAGACCGAGGUCGCGAAACACCUCACCGAGAGCUACGGCGACCGUGCGUGGACCGUCGCGGCGCUCUGCAAGCCCACUGAGAAGAGGUUCCCGGCCCGCGGCGAGCGCAUCUCGUUGCUGUACCCGUUCGUCGACGGGGAGAUCCGCUAUGCUGUCAGGCACGAAUAUGCACAGACGGCGGUGGAUGUGCUGGCGAGGAGAACCAGGCUCGCUUUCCUGAACGCGCAGGCUACGCUGGAAGCGCUCCCCAAGAUCAUCGAUAUCAUGACGGAGGAGCUGAAGUGGGAUAAGAAGAGACAGGAUCUUGAGUGGAGAGAGACUGUCUCCUUCCUGGAGUCGAUGGGCCUGCCGCACCCGAUGCUCUCAACGACGAGGAAGCAAGUCGAGCAGGGGAAGCUUGACUUCUCGACCUCAUUGGAGUAUAAGAUGUACUCUAGACACGAUAAACCAACCGAGGACUAA